GACUCCAGUGUGUGUAUCUCCUGAGCUGGUCAUAUAAAGGCCAGUUGGAGGGAGGUUGGGGUGUCCUCAUAUCUCCAGGGCAUCUUUUCUGCACCCCAGCUUUGACCUCUGAGCCGAGGCCUCUAAUCUCCAAGACAUGGCAAGUCCAGCCACCAUUGUAGCCAGCCUUCUACUCCUGGUGGUUUGCACGUGCCGGGUCUACCCUACAGACUCUGUGACCAUCCCGUUUUCUUGCUGCAUGUCCUUUAUUACCAAGGAAAUUCCAGGAAACCGAGUGGCUAGCUACCAGUUGGCCAAUGGCAGCAUCUGCCCCAAGGCCGGAGUGAUCUUCAUCACCAAGGGGGGCCAUAAGUUCUGUGGAGACCCCAAGUUGCCGUGGGUCCAGAAGCACAUUCGGAACCUGGAUGCCAAGAGAAGAAAGCAGCCUUCUGCAGGUGCCAAGGCACUGGGCAUCAAGUUUUCCAUCCAGAGACACCGUGCCAACAGCACCGAGAUUUAAUGGCCUCUCCUCUGUCCCUGAACUUGGACAUUGGUCUUGACUGCUUGACAGGCUGCUUUGGGCUUGGCACACCAGCUAGGAUGAGCCCCGAGUUCAUUUUGCCAUUCUCAGCAUUUCUUUUAGGGAAUGUAUUUAUUCUGUGAUAACCCGAGGGAGCCCCAAGCAUGCCAGAGCUCUGGCGUUUCCUGUGCUGAGUAAGAAGGAUCUAGAAGAAUGGCAUUAGCCAUUCUGUGAUCUCCUCUUGUGUGGCUCGAAGACGUCAUCAGAACCCAGGUGCAUAAGACUCGAGUACCUGCAGGUGUACUUUGUUGGCCGCUGGCUUGGAUGGGGUCCUUGCCUUGGGUUGGGGCCUGAGGGUGGGUUGUCUGUCCACCGGUGGGUGAAGCUCUGUCAGCAGUAAUAAUUCCCAGGCAUGUUGGGGAUACUGGAUCCAGGCUGGUCCUGCCUCAGAACUUUGAGCAAAUAAAAACUCAACUGAAAUGGA